AUGGACUUUACCUCUGCGUUCCAGCCAAAAACGCCGGCCGCGGUGAACGAAGCGCUUGUGGCAGCUGUUGCGGGUGUGGCACUCGCCCCGGUGCCGUUGAAAAAGGCUAAGCGCGCGCCGAAGGUCUUCAAGGCCACGGCUCCGGUUAAAACUGCCAAACCGGCGGAAAAGACCGUGAUGACAAAGUCCAACUUGAUGCAAUCGAACUACAUCAUUUUCUAUUCCUCGCUUACCGGAUCGUCCUUGCGUGCGGCAAAGGACUUGGGAGUGAGGUUGGCGGAGCUCGGUAUCCAGCGUCGCCUCAUGAGCUUGGACGACGACGUGGAUGAUUUGGACGAAUACUUCCAGAACACCCCGAAGGCUGAGGCUAACUCCGCUGGUACCGUUUACGUGUUGAUCCUUCCGUCAUACGAAAUGGACUCACCGAUCGACUACUUCUUGGAGACGCUUCUCGACACCAUCCAGGACUUCCGCAUCGAUUCUUACCCGCUUGCGAAGCUCGCCGGGUUUGCCGUCUUGGGGCUAGGCGAUGCGGAGUCGUACCCCGAGAAGUUCUGCUACCAGGCCAAGAUUGCCGAUAAGUACCUCGCCAAGCUCGGGGCCAGACGGAUCUUUCCGCUCGGCCAGGUGUGCAUGAAAUACAAGGGCGACAGCGGAUUCGAGGAAUGGAACAGGCUUUUGGCUGAUACCGUUCAGGACGAGGAGCUUGUGUAUGUGGAUGGCGACGACGCCAGCGACGAGGAGUACGACUACGACAACGUGGGAGAAGACGCGGACACCCUAGUGGACGUGGAAGACAUGGGCAACUACAUGGCCAGUGACAACGACACGCUUGAAAAGAAGGAAAUGGUGGCCAAAGACUCGCCAACCUACAAAACCUUGACCAAACAGGGGUAUACCAUUGUGGGGUCACACUCCGGGGUCAAGUUGUGCCGCUGGACCAAAUCCGCGCUCAGAGGCCGUGGGUCAUGCUACAAAUACGCGUUCUACGGGAUUCAGUCCCAUUUGUGCAUGGAAACGACGCCAUCGUUAGCGUGCUCAAACAAGUGCGUGUUUUGCUGGCGCCACGGGACAAACCCCGUAGCGCGCGACAAGUGGCGCUGGGAGCUCGAUUCGGCCCAGGUUGUGUUUGACGGCGCAAAGGCGGGGCACUACUCGAAGAUCAAGCAGAUGCGUGGGGUUCCCGGGGUACAGGCCGACCGAUUCGCCGAGGCGUUCCAGAUCAGGCAUUGUGCAUUGUCGCUUGUAGGCGAGCCAAUCUUCUAUCCAUACAUCAACGACUUUGUGGAGUUGUUACACAACGAAGACAUUAGUUCCUUCUUGGUGUGUAACGCCCAACAUCCGGAGCAGCUUGCGGCCAUGAGUAAGGUCACCCAAUUGUAUGUCUCCAUCGAUGCUCCUACCAAGGACAGCUUGAAAAAGGUUGACAGGCCGUUGAAUAGGGACUUCUGGGAGCGCUUAAACAAGUGUCUUGACAUCUUGCGCACUACUCAAGCGGACCAGCGCACCGUGUUCCGCUUGACCUUAGUCAAGGACUUCAACAUGGAGGAUAUUAAUGAGUACGCGGAGUUGGUGGAGAGAGGCCGUCCGUCGCAGAUUGAAAUUAAAGGUGCCACCUUCUGUGGCUCUUCUGCUGGUAACGGGAAUCCGUUGACGAUGCAAAACAUCCCGUUCUACGAGGAGUGCAAAAACUUUGUCGAGGCCUUGACCGCCAACUUACAGGCACGUGGCUUGCCGUACGAGAUCUCCGCGGAGCAUGCUCAUUCGUGCUGUAUUUUGGUGGCUGACACCAAGUUCAAGAUUGGCGGCAAGUGGUUCACACACAUUGAUUAUAAGCGGUUCUUUGAGUUGCUCAAGAGCGGCAAGAGCUUUAAUGACAUGGACUACGUGGCCGAGACUCCAGAGUGGGCGUAUUAUGGGAGUAAGGAAGGCGGGUUCAGACCAGACGACGUGAAAUGGAACCGAACGGAGGAGAAGUUGAAGAAUAAGAAGGCGAGAGAAGCUCAAGCAGAGGCUCAAGCAUCAAAGAUCGAAGAGGUUUCUAUUGAGGGUGAAACACCACCGGAAGCAUAA